CGGAGCGGCAGCAUGGCGGAGAGCGCGGCGGGCGGCAGCGGCGGAGCGCGGUACCGGGGCGCCUUCAACCCCGACACCUGGGAGGAGGAGCUGGAGGCCAUCCCCAUGUUCAUGAAGCGCUGCCCGGCUGAGAUCGACGUGGCGCGGCAGCCCGACCUGGCCUGCCUGCAGUCCCUCCUGUUCGACGAGGAGCAGAGCCCCGCAGAGCUGGCCAAGAUGUACAAAAACGAAGGGAACGAGUACUUCAAGGAGAAGGACUACAAGAGAGCUGUGGUGGCCUACAGCGAGGGGCUGAAGAAGAAAUGUGAGGACCCCGAGCUGAACGCCGUGCUGUACACAAACCGAGGGGCUGCACAGUUCCACCUGGGUAACUACCGCUCUGCUCUCAAUGAUGCCAUCCAAGCCAGAAAGCUGAAGCCCACCCAUCUCAAAGCAAUCAUCAGAGGAGCCCUCUGCCACAUGGAGCUGAAGAACUUCUCUGAAGCAAUAGCAUGGUGUGAGGAGGGCAUGCUAAUAGAUUCCAAAGAAAAAAAGCUUGUGGAAACAAGAGCUAAAGCUGACAAAUUGAAGCGAGCUGAGGAGCGGGAUGCAAGGAAGGCAAAGGUGAUGGAGAAGAAGGAGCAGUGUCAAAAGGAAAUCUUGCUUGCAGCAAUAAAGGAAAGAAACAUCAAGCUGGUUCUUGAGCCUUCAAAUGAGGAAGAGGAGCUCUCAGGUGGCCUGGCUGAGAUAUCCUUAGAUGGGUUCCACUCUGGCAAUGCCAUGGGGGCCAAGGUGCACUUAGAUGCUGAUGGCAACCUGAACUGGCCUGUCCUCUUUCUGUACCCUGAGCACGAGCAGACAGACUUCAUUGCAGCUUUCCAUGAGAGGUCCAGGUUUAUUGAUCAUUUAAUGGUGAUGUUUGCUGAGUUACCUGCUUGGGAUGUGGAAAGAAAAUACCUUCCCAGCAAUCUGGAGCUCUACUUUGAGGAUGAAGAAAGAGCAGAAAUGUAUGAGCUGAACCCAGGCCACACCUUGCUACAGGUGCUGCAGCACGAAAGGUAUUUUGUGAAAGCUGGGACCCCAACAGUUUUGGCACUUGUAAAGCACUCUCCUUUCUCCAAGAAGUAUUUCAGCGGCAAGAAGGUGCAUCGGCUGUCGUGAGCAGGAGCGAAACGAGGAACCCUCUGCAAGAGGCUGCUGUUUGGCAUCCCAGCUGCAGCCUGCAAGCUCCUGCUGGAGCAAAAAUACCUUGCACACUUCAGGGGAGAAGUAACCUUGGCACACAGGGAAACUUCCAGGAAAGCAGCACAGGAGAAUGAAGGGCUUACCAGAGGGGAUUAUUUGUUUGAAAAGAAAUCCAGCUGGCUUGCAGAAGGUCUUCUCUAGCACAGGCUGCAUGAGGUUUUGAAACAAACCUGAAGCAGUGCCAAACGCUGGCUGCAGCUGAAGCAACAGCAGCUGGGGAUAUGCUGACUUACCUGUGACAAAUCACUGAUUGCCUUGGAGGUGGGCUGUAGCUGCUGGGUUUUAACAGCAGUGGUCUGGGGAGAUACCUGCCUUGGUGCAGCAGGCUGGAUGCAGUCAGAUUCCUGCCUGGGAUAAGCAGCUGCUGGGUUUUCGCCACUUGGCUCUGCUGCUGCCCAGGGUAAAGCAGAGCCCUUGGUUUGGAGCAGUGUUUUACUGACCUUUUUUAUUGCCUAACUGACUGUCCUUUAGAACCUGGAAAUAAAGAUGUCUGUUUUAAGUAGACUGAUUUCUGGCCAGUAAAGGAGAUGGUAACUCUUCUCACCUCAUGAAACACCAACUGUGAAUGGAGAAUGACCAACUGUGACUCUAAACCCAAACACAACAGCCUUGUCCACUACCCUGACUGAUUCAGCCAACAGCCAUGUUCUGUGCUGCUGUAUUAGC